AUGGAGGACAACACUCAAUCGUUUGGGGCGAUUUGGAAAUGUUUUAUUUGCAGUACUUUUAUUGCUGUGACCUUAAAAGCUUUGAUGGGCCAUUACUUCGCAGUGCAUAGCAACGAGCCUAACUUUUUGGUGAAAUGUGGAGUUGAUAAUUGCCCUGCUAUAUUUCGAAGAUACCACUCAUUCUACAAACACGUGUCCAACAACCACAGGCAAGUCUACGACAGCAAUACAGAAGGGGUUGGUCAAGCAACGAUCCCUAUAAUACAAAUAAAUCCAUUUGCAAUCAAUGACGAAGAAGAUGUUGAUGAGCAUGGACCUGGCAAUUCCAAUAUUUCAUCGAGUGAGUCAGAGUCAGAAAGUGCUAGUGGCAGUGACUGGGAGUUAAUAUCUGACAAUAGUGACCCAAAUGAAAACCCGACGGAAAAUCAGAGCUUUGAUUUCCACCGAAAUGAAGCACUAUUUGUGCUAAAGGUCAAGGAAAGGAACAGUAUAACCCAGGUGGCACUUGAUAAUAUAAUUGAUUGCACAUCAAACAUUGUCAAUAGUGCCUUAAAUGUUGCAAAGAGAAAUAUAAUUAGUGCAUUGGAAAGUGGUGAUUAUGAUGGAGACAUUCGAAAGACUGUAACAAAAUCAUUUGAAGACUUUCCUCAACCCUUUUCAUCUAUGAGAACAAGUUAUUUGCAGACAUCAUACAUAAAGAAAAACUUCAACUAUGUUGAAAUCAAGGAGGUACUACUUGGAAAAAAGCUUUCGAGAAAAGUUUGGAAAAAUAAACGGUCCCUUGUAGAGAAGGACGAGACUUUUGUUUAUAUUCCACUGAUUGAGAGCCUGUGCCAACUUUUGUCAAACAAGAGAAUUGCUAAACUAGUUAUCAAAAAGCCCAACCAGUGUGACCGUGAUAUCUAUUAUGACAUUUGUGAUGGCCAGCUCUUUCGAACUGAUAAGUUUUUUUCAGAUCAUCCUGAUGCAUUGCAAAUCAUCAUAUACCAUGAUGCAGUUGAGGUUUGUAAUCCUCUUGGAAGUCAAGCUGGUAAACAUAAGCUGGACAUGUUUUAUUACACAUUAGGAAAUUUUAACCCAAAGAUUAGAUCCAAGCACUGCGCCAUUCGGUUGUUGGGCAUAGCAAAUGCAAAACUGGUUAAAAAGUAUGGUUAUAAUGCCAUAUUGAAACCUAUCAUUGAAGAUAUCAAGAAAAUUGAAAGUGGCUUUCCUUGUGUUGUAAAUGGUUCUGAAAGACUUGUUUAUGGAAAGGUAAUCAGUUGCACUGGUGACACAGAGGGCCAACAUGAAUGGGGAGGUUACAAAGUUGGUGUAGGCUUUGCAUUUCAGAAAUGUCGGCAUUGCCAGUGCACUUAUGAAGCUAUGCAGCAGAGUUUUUAUGAAGAAGACUUCAUACAAAGGACAAAAGAAAGCUACAAUCGACACUGCGAUGAAAUUGAACAAGCGCCAACUGAUCAACACAAGAAUGACUUGGGUACUACCUAUGGCAUUAACCACCGUAGUCCCCUUUGUGAUCUUAACGGUUUUGAUGUCACUAAACAAUUGCCACAGGAUAUCAUGCACACUUUGCUUGAAGGUGUUGUUCAAUAUGAGCUUCGUCACAUAUUGGCAUAUUACAUGGAAAAUGGACAUUUUACGCUAAUUGAACUAAAUGCUGCAAUUGCUUCUCAAACCUAUGGCUAUAGUGAGGUUUCUGAUAGGCCAGGUCCUUUAAGAGAGUCUGUAUUUCAAGGGGAGGAUGGUUACAAAUUGAAAUUCAAAGCUUCCCAAACACGAUUAUUCCUGAGGCUUCUACCAUUUAUUUUGUGUAGCCUAAUUCCAGCUGGUGAUGAUUAUUAUACUCUAGUAACUGAGCUUAUUGAACUCUGUCAGAUUAUUUUCUCCCCUGUCAUCACAUUGCCUACAAUCAACCUGUUGAAAAUGAAAAUUGGUCAACACCUGCAGAAUUUCAAGGAACAUUUUCCUGGCCUAAAUAUCAUCCCGAAGCAGCAUUAUAUGAUCCAUAUCCCUUCUAUGAUCAAACACCUUGGACCGCUGAUCAGACAUUCAUGUUUUGGCUUUGAAUCUGCCCACAACUAUUUCAAGGAAUUAGCUCGCAAGCAAAAUUUCAAGAAUUUACCAAAAUGA